AUGGAGUCUCUCCCUGCUUCAUAUCAAGAGCUCGACGUGUUUCUCAGUUUCAGAGGCUUUGACACACGCAACAACUUCACCGGCCAUCUCCAAAAAGCCCUCCGCCUUAGAGGAAUAGACUCCUUCAUCGACGACAAACUCCGCCGAGGAGACGACCUCACUGCUCUUUUCGACAGAAUUGAGCAUUCAAAGAUUGCCAUCAUAGUCUUCUCCAAGAACUACUCGAACUCCGCGUGGUGCCUCCGAGAGCUUGUUAAGAUCCUAGAGUGCAGGGACAGAAACCAGCAGCUGGUGAUACCAAUCUUCUACAAAGUGGACAAGUCCGAAUUAAAGAAUGUUCCAAAGAAGAGUUUUACGGAAGUUAAGGAGGAAGAGACUUCAACGUGGGAAGCUGCACUGACCACAGCAUUCAACAUCUCCGGCUAUGUAGUCAAUGAGUUCAGUACGUCUGAAGCCAAACUUGUGGACGAGAUUGCUGUUGACACAUUCAAGAAACUGAAUGAUUUGGCCCCCAUUGGCAACGAAGGUCUGGUGGGAGUAGACUCGCGUCUAGGGACUCUAGAAAAGCUUUUAUGUUGCGAUGACUUGGACUCUGUUCAUGUCAUUGGCGUUAUUGGAAUGGGCGGAAUUGGUAAAACUACUCUUGCUGAUUGCUUGUAUGGACGAAUGCGAGGCCAAUUCGACGGUAGCUGCUUUCUUACAAACAUCCGUGAAAACUCGAGUAGAAGCGGGUUAGAGUCUUUGCUGCAGAAACUCUUCUCUACAUUACUUAAUGAUAGAGAGCUAGAGAUUGGAGCUCCUGGAAAUGCACAUGAAAGAUUUGAGCGUCGCCUUAAGAGCAAGAGGCUGCUUAUUGUGCUUGAUGAUGUGAACGAUGAGAAGCAGAUAAGGUAUCUUAUGGGGCACUCCAAAUGGUAUCAGGGAGGAAGUAGAAUCAUCAUAACUACUAGAGAUAGUAAGCUAGUCCAGGCGGUCAAGGGUCGAAAAUAUGUGCUCCCUAAGUUGAAUGAUAGAGAAGCCCUGAAGCUCUUUUGCUUGAAUGCAUUUAACGACUCCUGCCCUUUAAAAGAGUUUCAAGGUGUUAGGGUCUGA